UCCAUAAUUUCUAGCCGGAGGGAAGUAUCGAUCACCGGCCGACCGUUUUAAUCCAUCGUUUUGUCCACCGGAAAAAGGCGUAGAAGUUUCAUAUUCUGUAUCUGAGAAGAGAGAGGAUGGCGCCGGCAACCGGCGUUUCUUCAUCUCCGGAUCGAGUCCCGAUGAUGAUGCCUGUACAACCGGCGAUGAUGAUGCCGCGGGGAUUCGCGGAGGAUGCAAUUAUCUCGUGGUUCCGUGGAGAGUUCGCGGCAGCGAACGCAAUUAUUGACGCUCUGUGUGGCCACCUCUCUCAAUUAGAGGGUGGAAGAUGUGAGUAUGAGUCCGUGUUUGCUGCUAUACACCAGCGCAGACUGAAUUGGAUCCCAAUUCUUCAGAUGCAGAAGUUUUUUUCCAUCGCAGACGUCACUCUCGAGCUCCAGAAGGUGGUUGAGGAGAAGACGAGAUUGGGAGGUAUCGAUGAAAUAGAAGAAGUCAAUAUUUCUUCGCCGGUGAAGGAGAAAAACCUCGAAAUUACACACGAGUGCAUUGAAGGCAAUGGAAAUGGUGAUGUUGAGAUUGUUGACGACGAUGCAACCAGAGAUGAUUCACCAAUCAGUGAGAUUACCGAUACAGGAUCUCAAGAAAUUCAUUCGUUGGCAGAAAACAAUGAGAUAUGUUCAAACCAGGAAGAAGAUUGGGAGGCUCGGCGUGCUCAAAUCAAGAUGACAAAAGGGUUCGUAGCCAAGGAGUCUGUAAAAGGGCAUAUGGUGAAUGUCGUAAGGGGUUUGAAGUUGUAUGAAGAGAUCCUCAAUGAUACCGAGCUAUCUAAGCUGCAUGCAUAUGUGAAUGAACUACGAGUUGCUGGCCAAAAUGGAGAACUCUCAGGUGAGACCUUUAUCAAGUAUAAUCAGCAGUCCAAAGCAAUCAAGAGAGAGCUCAUUCAGUUUGGAGCUCCUAUUUUUGGACAGAUAAAAGAUGAAGCUGCAAGUAAAUCCCAAGAUAGCCACAUCGAGCCAAUUCCAGCUCCUCUGGAAGAUGUCAUUGACCAUUUGAUUCAGUAUCAUCUGAUUUCUGAAAGCAGACGACCAAACAGUUGCAUCAUAAGCUUUUUUGAUGAGGGGGAGUUUUCGCAGCCUUUCUUGAAACCACCUCAUCUGGAACAACCAAUCUCGACUUUACUUCUCUCUGAAUCGAAGAUGGCUUUUGGGCGUACUCUAGUAUGCGAUAAUGAUGGAAACUAUAAAGGACCACUCAUGCUUUCUUUAAAGGAAGGAUCGCUCUUAGUGAUGAGGGGAAACAGCGCAGAUAUGGCUCGUCACGUUAUGUGUCAAUCUCCAACCAAAAGGAUCAGUGUGACGUUCUUUAAAGUCCGUUCAGACACCUAUGAAAACAAUUCAUCAACAACCACUACUAUGUCAGGAGCCAUGACGGUAUGGCAACCGACCAUUCCAACACCAAACGGAACCCUUAAAGGCUCUGAGACAACCGGCAUUAUCCCCAAAUGGGGCGUCCUUCGUGCACCACAACUGCUAAUGUUAGCACCAGCUCGUCCAAUGGUAAUGAGCCCAAGAAGGUUGCCCCGUGGCGGCACAGGAGUUUUCUUACCGUGGAGCGUCGGUUCAAGAAAACCCGCAAAACAUCUACCGCCUCGUGCCCAAAGAGGAAGGCUUCUCGUGGCGGAUGCACACCGAGUGGAACCCACUUCGGAUUUAGGCAUCAGUGUUGCCUAAGAAGAUGUAAAUGUUGAGGAAUACAACAAACAUAGUUAAUGGGUUCAUCAGUUAGUAGACGAACCCACUAACUGAUGUGAGUUGUAUUCUUCAAUAGUAAACCUAUUCAAUGUAGGUCUUGCUGUUGAAAAGAUGAUUAAUUAGACUUUGGGUGUUUAGAUGUUAAUCAUGGUAGAAUUUUAGAUGUAGUUAAGUUAAUUAAAAGUGUUAAUUAGCCUUUAAAUAGUUUUCAUUAGCAGUUUGUCGAAAACAAUACAACUGGGUAUAAGACCAUCUUCAAUAGAGACUCUAAAAUGUAAGAUUUUGGAGAAUUUUGCUCCAACCUUCUCCAAAUGAGAGAGAUGGUGAAAUUCUUCAAAUCUGG